CGGCGCGCGCGGCUCCGUAGUCCGUGGCGGUCUGGCGGAUCGCGGGACGCGGAUUUAUCGCAGUCGGCGUUCGUCGUUCGCGUUGCGUGCAGGGUGUCGUCGUCGUGUUGCCGCGACACGAGGAGCGAACCGAGUGUAGCGGUAGCGGUGGUCGCGUCGUCGGGAGAGCACGCGCGCGCGCGCGCGCGCGCUCGCACAGCCAGGCGAACCAAAAUGGCUAAUUGUCAGACUGGUUGGCGGAGCAGGUGAGCGAGAGAGGAUCGCGCGAUUCUUCCCCACGUUGUCGUCGUCGUCGUCGUCGUCGUCGACAAGUAGGAAACGUUCCAAGGACUCGCUGUCCGCGGCCGAAGCCGCCUCUCGCGAAAUUCGCGACCGUCGUCAUCGUCGUCGACGAUCGUCGGAUCGAUUCUCUCCGCGCGAGUGCGACGACUGUGCGACGAGCGAGCCAGGAACGGGUACUUUCGCGAACGUCGAGAGUUCGCCGUCGGGAGUGCCGAGGCCUCGGAGUCGCGGCGGGACUGACGAACGAGGGAAGGAAGGCAACGAGGGACGACGUCGACGUCGAGUCGAGAGGUGGAGAAAUCCACGCGUGGAUCCGUCGCGGCGACCGGGACUCCCCGCCGCAGAUGCUGCUGGCGCGUAGAUAAAUUUAUUACGCGCCGCUCAAAGAAAUAACACGUUGUUGCCUGCCCCCCUCGCGCCUGCCCCCCCCCCCCCCUGUGCUCCCCAUCGCCUGCCAACGUGCGUGUCGGUCGCGGUUGUGCGCGCUGGGAUAUCCUUCCCCGUUCCCCCGCCCCUCCCCCUCUUUCCCCCCUCGCUCCGCGCUCCUUUUCUCCGCUACGUGUUCUCCCUGUGUAUACUGGCUAAGCGCGCACUCGCUCGCGCGGGAGAGAAGUGAUGCAUAGAAAAUCUUUCGGACGGUACGUGCGACACGUGUCUGUGUGUUGGAGCGCGGACGUCGGCGGCGACGACGACAGGACGAGGCGGUGGCGUAGGAGCAGGAGGAGGCGAUACCUGCCGCUUCGGACCGCGCUGCGUACGCUGGCGUACGAGGACGGCCGCCUGUGUUGGUAGAGACGGCGAAUCCACACGCGCGCACACACAUACGUAAACACCCGCUCUGUCUCGCUCCAUCUCUCUUUCUUUCUCCUCGCGGCGCCCUGGGGCCCACCGCCGAGUAGCAUGGCUUCUGGUGCAUCCUCCUUGGACAGCGCUGGGAGUAGCGAUGGUGCACUCAACAUGGAGGGGGAUAGUGGAAGCUAUGGCAGUGUUGGAAGCCCAGUCGGUGGCCCCGAAUGUCGUAGCGACUACGACGGUUUGCAGGCUCAGUGUGAUCAAGCGAUGCAUCAGCUUCAGCUACUUAGGCAUAAGCACUCCGAUACCAUAAGACGGCUAAUUUUAAGUCAUCUGCAAAGUAAAAAGAACACUCUACUAAAAAACAGGUGUGAGAUUACUAUGAAAGAAUUGGAGUACUAUCGGGGGCAACACAUAGCAGUCAUGAAUCAACUGGAGGCCACAUCGCAAGAGAGCUCCUCCUUACGAGCGAAAUAUGGCGAUCUGGCGAACGACAAGCAACGAUUGGACCGGGAGGUCCAGGCCCUCCAGAAGGAACUCUCGGAAUUGCAGCGCAUGCAGAACCAGGAGGUUCUCGUCGCCGAUGCCACGGGCAACGAUGCCAUGAAUCAGCACUAUCUCUCCGCGUUACGAAAGUACGAAGCCGUUAAGGACGAAUACGAUUCCCUCAGGAAACGAUACGACGAUUUGAUAGCGUCUCAUUCAUCCGCCGUCAAUAAGCUAGAGCUAUCGCAAGAGGAAGCCAAGAGGCUGAAGAAGCAAUACGACACCGUUCUCGAGGAACGUAACAGCGCCCUUCGCGAGCGCAACGGUCUCAAGCAGCAGUGCACCGCCGCAAUUCGUCAGUGGGACAUCGCGCUGAGGGAGAGGAACGAGUAUCGCGAGGCGCUCGCCAAAGUGCAGCAGCAGCACGAGGAGGCGGUCAAGGAGAUCAACCAGGCGAUGAUGCUGCGCAUGAAGGCCAGCAAGGAUAUGAAACGUCUCACCGAGGAACGAAACGCCGCCCUGCAGGAAUACAGCUUAAUCAUGGGAGAACGUGACACGGUGCACAAGGAGAUCGAGAAGCUGGGCGAUGACCUCACGCAAGCGUACACGAAAAACACGCAUCUGGAAACGCAGAACAAGCAGCUCCUCGACGAGAAGAAAACAUUGUCUUAUCAAAUUGAGACACUGAAGAGGGAGAUCUCUUCCGCAUUGCAAGACAGAGACGAGGCUCUGAAAGUGUGUAACGAGUUACGGCAGAAAUUCGGCGAUUACUCCGAAGGUUCCAGCCGAGACCAUAAGCAUCGUCUGGAACUGAACUCGCUCAGUCACGAACGCGACAGCGUCAGCAAGGAGGCCGAGAAGGAGACCAACACGAGAGAUUACGCGACGCGAGACAAGCAGCGCAUGGAUAACUUGGAACAGGCUAAUUUGGAGUUGGAUAAACUCAGGAAAUCCGUGGAUACGCUUCAGGGGGAGCUCGAGGAGGCCAUUCAAGAGGCCGAGGUGUCGAAGAGGAGGCGAGACUGGGCCUUCAGCGAGCGCGACAAGAUAGUGCUGGAGCGAGAAAGCAUAAGAACUCUGUGCGACAGAUUACGGAAGGAACGUGAUCGCGCGGUUUCCGAGUUAGCCGGCGCUCUGCGCGACUCCGACGACAUCAAGAAGCAACGAAACGAGGCGUCCAAGGAGCUGAAGGAUCUGAAGGAGAAGAUCGAGUUCGGCGACCAUGCGUUGCGAACCAGUCAGCUGGCGCAGAUUGACGAGAGCAACGACUGGGAGAUGAUUCCGAUUCACGUCGAACCCGGCAGAAUCUGCUUGGAUUCGGAUCGCGGCGACUUGGGACUGAUUCUCGUCGGCGGCCGCGACAGUCCGUACUAUCCGAACGACACCGGCGUCUACGUUGCGCAGGUGACACAGGGUAGCGCCCUCGACGGCAAGCUACGGGUGAACGAUUGCAUUGUGCGAGUGAACAACGUCGACUGUACGUCCGUGUCGACCCGCGUGAUCUUAGAGACUCUGCGCUCGUCCACCGUGAAUCCGGCGACGCUGAUCGUGAAGCGGCGUCGGAUAACCAGACGAUCAUUGAGAACUACGCAGCUGUCGGUCGGCACAGUGCCACACGGUAUCACGCUAGAACUUGGAAUCUACAUCUCGAAAAUAUCGCCCGGCAGCUUGGCUGCCAAGGAUGGGAACCUUGCCGUGGGAGACAGAGUAUUAAACAUUAAUAGUAAACCCAUGGAUACAAUAACUACAGCGCAUGAAGCGAUGGCCAUUCUGAACGAUGAUACCGUAGACGUACUGACGAUCACAACGUUGAAAGGUAUUCCGGUACCAUCCGCCGCCAGUUCGGAAACGGUGACGAUAGACGGAAGUUUCGUCGCGGAGAAACAAAAGAUGGUGAACAGCUGCUCGCAAACCGAGCAAGAGCGAAUGAUGCUGAAAGCCUCGUCGGACGAUUACGAGAGACGAUAUUUAUCGACGAAUUACGCCGACCGCAACGUCUACAAGGCUGCGAAAUCGGUGAGCGGCGAGAAAGCGAGCGGGAUCAGCAACGCUUGGGACAACUUCCGGGAGAAGAUCGACAUAGUGCGUGGUCGCAAACACAGCAAGGAACGCGACGAGAGCAAGAAGAAGGGUCACCGCAACUCUAGUCCGAACACGUUCGAGCAGGAGCAGGACGCGAUAGCGGAGCUAGAUUCGGUGAUCGACAGCUACCACAAGAAAGCGAGCAACAGCAACAACGGCGUGUUGAAGCGCAGCAAGCGCCGCGGCACCGAGAAGGUCGAGAAGAACGGCGGCACGUGGCCGAAGGCGCGCGGCGGACCCCUCAUACAAAAUGGGACCGGUACUAUAUUGCACUCGCGAAAAUCGAAAGAACGUUUCCCCCUCAGUGUACUCCUGCAUCCACCGAAAUACGAUAACUAUAAUUACAAUCGUAUCUCCAACCCCAUCCCUCUGACCAACUUUUCCAAUGUCAAUAAUCGUCAUACCGUUUACAAAGCAGUGGAGACCCCGCUACCGAGCUUCACCAAGACCGGGCAGCUCUUUAGCCAGAAGCCGUCGUUCACGCCGGCGGUGCAGUUCAAGGACAUCCCGAUCGACGGCGGCAGCAAAAAGCCGCCGUCGACGGAGUUCGAGAGCAGCGCGUCGGAGACCGGGCGACUUGGGUCUGCGCUGGCGCCGUCCGAGACUAGCAUCGACUUCUCGGUCAAGUCCGGCGGUGCCGGCCGCGACGUCGACUCGUACUUCGUGAACAAACGGCCGCAAAAGUACACGACCGGCAGCAGUAGCGAUACGCAGGUGACCACGGACACGCUGCAGCACAAUCGCGUACACUCGCAGCUCUACUCGUCGGGCAUCGGUGGCUCGUCCACGUCCGCCGCGUCGACCACCAGCGGGCCGACGUCGCGACAGCAAUUGGCACCCGGUAACUUUCCGUUUCCCUCGCAUCAUCCGUACGCCGCGUCGUCGCACCUGCAUCAUUUGCAUCCGCAUCCCAUCACUCAGCACCAGAACUCCCUGCCCUCGCGCUAUCCCUCGCCACCGACGAUGCCGUCGCCCGCGCAAUCGGGCGAGUCCAUAGGCCUGCCGGACGCGCGUACCUACUGUUUCGAGCCCCCGUACAGCCCCGGACCUUCGCAGACGACCCCGACCACUUACGGCCACCUGCACACGCCCUCCGUAGAUCUGCACUAUCACAAGCCACGUGCACUCCCGCUCGGUAUACCCUGCGACACGUCUAUCUACGGGCACGGAUACGAAGGUGGCACAUUGCCGGGCAGAAAGGAGGACCAGCGCAUCCGUAUACCGUCCAACACCAGCGUCACGUCCAAAAGUAGCGUUGGCAAGUUGUCCACCGGCAGCAUAGAGAGAACCUCCGAGCGUGGCAGCCCGAUGCCGACGUUUCACGUGGAGGUGUUGAGUCCGGGCACCGGCAGCACCAGCGGAAUCGGCAGCAGUGGCGGCACCGUCAGAGGAAGCGGUAGCGGCAACAAACGCGCCAGUAUGCCGGAUUACUGUUACUCGCAGCCACGCCCGGCGCCCGGAGAACUGCGGAGAGUCCACAUAGACAAGUCCGUGGAGCCGCUGGGAAUCCAGAUCUCCUGCCUGGAGAGUGGCGGCGUGUUCGUCUCUACCGUGUACGAGCACAGCCUGGCGUCGCAAGUCGGCCUACAGAUCGGUGACCAAUUGUUGGAGGUUUGCGGUAUAAAUAUGCGGAGCGCGACCUACCAGCUGGCCGCCAAUGUUCUACGUCAGUGUGGUAACUCGAUUACAAUGCUGGUGCAGUAUAGCCCGGACAAAUACACCGAGUUAGAAGGCUCGGGGUCCUCGAGUUCGUCGGAAGCCGGCGACGGAGCCGCAACCGGGAGUCGCAGCGGCUCGCCGACACCGUGCAACAGUCCGGAAGCACCGAGAAAGAGCACCGUGGAGACGUUGGAGCCUGUCGAGCCGGAACGCGACGCCACCAUCACCAUCGCCACCACCGCUCCCACCGUCACCACUACCGCCGCGCCCACCAUGAGCACGCUGCGCGUCGAGCACAUGCGGCCGUCUGCCUCGUUGGAGGUGAGAAGCACGCAGGAGCGAGAACGCGAGAUGAGGCCCUCCGCGUCGUUGGACAACGCGUCAUUCAACAUCCGCAAACCGGAGCUUCGCAGCGCCGCCACCCUGGAUCGGUUGAAUCGUGCACAGAUGCAACGGCAAAACGCGAUGAGGAGCCCCACGCAGGAGGACCAGAAUCGGAAGCCGCCGCCGAGUGGCGAGCCGCGGUAUCUGCUGAUUGAGACUAGAAAGUGCUCGAAUCUCGGUAUAUCGCUGGUAGGCGGGAACGGCGUCGGUAUCUUCGUGCAUUCCGUUCAGCCGGGCUGUCUCGCCGAGGAGGCCGGCCUGUUCGCCGGCGAUAGGAUCCUGGAGUACAACGGCGUGGAUUUGAGGCAGGCGACCGCCGAGCAAGCGGCGCUUGAGCUGGCUCGACCAGCGGACAAGGUGACGCUAGUCGCUCAGUACAUGCCGGAGCGGUAUAACGAGGUGAAGGACAAGCCGGGCGACAGUUUUUACGUGAAGGCGCUAUUUGAUCGAACCGGCGAAGUGGGCGAUAGCCUACAGCUGCGAUUUAGUAAGGACGACAUCUUGUACGUGGACAAUACCAUGUUCAAUGGCACGCCGGGACACUGGCGCGCCUGGAUAGUCGAUCAGACCGGUCGUAGGCAGACUUGCGGGAUAAUUCCCAGCAAAUUUAAGGUUGAGGAAGAAUUGCUCUUACGACGGUCGCUAGGCGAUUUGGAACAAGACACUGGCAAACGCAGCGAUACCAGAGCGAGGAGAAGUUUCUUCCGUCGGAAAAAACAGCAGCCACGGUCAUCCAGCAGUAGAGACAGUACCAAGGAAAUAUCGCAUCUUUCCACGGGACACAAUUUGGGAUGGUACAGCGACAGUGGAUCGUUGAACGAAGAUACUCUUCCGGCGAGUUAUCAGCGCGUCGAAAGACUCGAUUAUCCCACUCUGAGGCCCGUGCUGAUCAUCGGUCCGCUCAGCGAAUGCGUGGUAACGAGACUUUUGCAGGAAUACCCGGGACAGUUCACCAGAUGUCUGGCAGAGGCGAUGCAUUGUUCGCAGUCGACUUUGGAGCAAGGAUUACGCGACGCGCUCUACAUAGAUUAUAGGAAAAAAGGCAGCUACUUCGAAUGCACGACAGUGCAGGCCGUUAAAGAGAUAUGUGAGAAGAAUACGCACUGUAUUUUGGACGUGUCGAUGGCUUCCAUCGAGAGGCUUCACAGACAUCAAAUUUACCCUAUCGUCCUAUUAAUCAAAUUCAAGGAUAGAACGCAAAUUAAGGAGGUAAAGGAUUCCAGAUAUCCGAGCGACAAAAUCAGUACAAAGGCUGCGAAAGAAAUGUUUGAACAGGCGCUCAAGAUAGAAGCGGAAUACAAGCAUUACAUCUCCGCCGUGAUUCCGGCGGGCGUGAAUGUGGCAUAUAUAUGCACGCAGGUGAAAGCCUCGGUAGAUGAGGAACAAAGCAAAGCGCUGUGGAUUCCUAGAGGGGGUCCCUGACACAAAAGGGGGGGUCCCCACAAGCCGCAGUGGAAAUCAAUCUAAAUUCCACCACGGGGGCCCUUACGUCGUGUACGCAUAUGCGAAAAUCGCUGUGCAAAAUCAGUUUUUUUAUUUAUUUAUGGUCUCUUGAUUUCGGAAGGAGGAUACGACACCCUCCACGGAUGUUUCUGCUUAACGAAGAAUAUCGCUCAAUUUGGUUGUGAUAAGACGAAUUCUUGUGAACCAUUUUGUUUUAGCGCAUUUAACUCGUUGAAUUAUCGCAGUAAAACAGGUACAUACAAGUAUUUCAGUUUUCGUCGCGUUUCUUUCAGUUAUUAUUCUGAAAACUGAAUUAUUUUACUGACUUUUAGUUAUAUGAAGUUCUUUUUGCAUUUAUCCGCAUCAGUAUCAAUGUCAGUGUCAAUAUAUAGCUCAUCUGUGAUCACUAAAUCUAUUGACUAAUCUAUAGAAAUCUAAACCUGUGGAAGCUAUAAACUAAAUUUAUUUUAGAGAAUUAUCUCUCUCUCGAGUACUUUUUUGGAAUUGACUAUCUUGACAAAUAUUACAAGUAAGAUAUUGAUGAAAUAUUGUGAAAUUGGUGCUUGCCUUUUCAAGUAUCUACUUGCUCAUUAUUAAUUGUCUGAGAAUAGCAAACGAGAAUAGCAGACGAUCAUGUUCAAUAGUCAAUUUGCUUCGAUCUCCGAUCAAGCAAUGCAACGGGAAAUGCGGCUAAAGUUAAUGAAACCAAUAAUUCGUACGAGACCAUAAAUGGAUCGUUAUAAAAAAAAAAGAAGAAAAACACUCGUCGUAUUAUGGCCCAUUACAAAUUUGGUGGAUUGUUGAUUAGAAAAUAAGUUAUGGUCGUUUUGGCGGCUAUCACAUUGUUAAUUAACCCCUCAGACCAAAUGGAUGUACACAUUGAUGAAAAGUCGAUUAUUUUAAGUAGCGAAAUUAUGUAUAGAAAAAUAUUAAUAUUACAUUAUAUAUAUAUGAUGUAAUAUUAUACAUAUAAUAUUAUAUAUAUAU